UCUUUCACUUUUCCAAUCGAUGGAUUUUUCAGAGCGCCAUGUUCAAACUGUUGAAAUCUCCUUCAAAUUUUCGCUCUAAUUUUCUGCGCUAAGAUUGAACAUUUGACCAUUUAUAUACGAUAGUCGAUAGCGAUGGAAAAGGAGAAUUUCUUCACCAAACUUCGCCGUGUGGCGACGUCUACAGAGGGCGAAACGGCGAGGUUGAAGGCGUGUAUGGAGAAACCGGCCGCCGUGAGGUCGGCAUCGAGUCAGGAUGGAUCAGCAAGGCUCGUGUUGAAGGAAAUGCAGUAUGAUGCACAGAAAAUGAAGGAAAAAGUCCAUCAGCAGUUGAAAGAACUCCAUGUCUCAUCGGAAUCAUUUGAGGAGACCCUAGAUGCUUGUGAGGGUCUGUGUGAGAUAACCAAGCAGCAAGUGACUGAUCUUGAGAUGUACCUAGAGCAAUACGGCUACAAGCCUUACAACAGUGUGGAGAAACUACAGUCACAGCAAGAUAAAAAGAAGAAACAAUCCAAGGAAAAUGUGACACCUGAACCUUCUCCAGAAACAACCAAGGACUGUCACAGCACUGAAGAAAAAAUCCCCUCAACUCCGCCCAAGGACCCCUCCUCAGCUCCCCCGGUCGACCCGAACAAAACCCCCCAGCUGGCCGACUUUGGCCUCAGUCAGUGGACGAUAGACCGACUGGCCCACGUCGGGUUGAACGGUAACCCACAGGACAUGAAGACGGUGAAUUUUACCGGGUACCAGUAUGGAAGCAUUCCGUCAGCUAUCCCGAGUUACAUGUACCCCUCCACCCCUCAACAAUACCAGAAGCAUUUGCAGCUCACCCCCUUCACUAACAGGACCAUUCUGGUCACCCCGGGCAUGUUCGGGAGUCGGAGCAUACCCACAGAGACACCCCAGCAGUUUAUCGACACCAAAUCCUACCUGCUGGACUCCCCAGUGCCCCCGGUGCUGUUGUCAACCAAGAAGGUCAAGCCCAUGACCUCUGACCUCAGGGUCACGAGUCGACGGGACGCGGACAUGGCCAGUCCUGAGCCAGAACCCCCUACAGUCACCGCUUGGGCGGAGUAUGUUCCUCUUCCGGCACCCCCAACCCAGCUCCACGCCCCUCCUGAUUCGGCAGACGUGACACCCCCGAUGCCCCCCUGCCUGGCAACCCAGGCCACCCAGGUACCCAUGCCGGCCGAGCCUGCGCGCCUCACAGAGAGGUUCAACAGCGCCCCCACACUGCCGUGUGAGCCAGUUCAGUUAUACCAGCAGUUUUCUGCGAACGAGAUGCCAACGGAGCCUGUACAGCUCGCAGAAAAAUUUGGGUCCGAGAACAAUAUCCAGCCAGAACCACAGUUUCUUCAGGUAUCGGGAGCAGGCAAUGGUCAACCUUCCCAAACAACCACACCCAAGGGUCAUCAACGAUUGGCCGCAUUGGCCGGGGAACCCGAAAUGCCGCAGACCCCAGAACUGACCAUGACGUAUCAAAGAUUUGUAGACAUCAAGCCAGUUUCGGUAGAACCCGCCCCUCAACUCCCGGCCGACAGUAUUCCUGAACCCCAUGUAUACGACAGCCAUGGUGAUGUUCCGAGGACACCUGUCCUGCAGAGUGCAUUCAAUGAAACCCAAGCGACAAAACCAAGCCAGGCAACAAAACCAAACCAAACCUCCGCUGUAAAUUGUGUGGACUGCUCCAUCGCCCCGGUGACAGAUGCGGAGUUUGGACAAGUAGCUGAUUAUCUCCAGCGUCUGUUCCCCAUCGACGUGAUCAACCAGAAACUGGCCGACAUCAAUGCAAUGCUAUCCCAAAAACAAGAUGGGAGCUUCCUCAGUGAGAAAGACAUGCAGGCGCUCAGUCUAGGCUCCAAGACCAAAGCCUUUGCCUUGCUGCUGGCUAAACUCCGGCGGCUGACCAUGGGCAAGAAACCAGGCAGCGGGGAACCGGUUUUCUACGUCAUCAAGUGAUCAGCAGGAACCGGUUUACUACGUCAUCACAUGAUCAGUGGUAUCUCCGAGAUUCACUUGCCCUCCACCACGAAUAAAACCCUGGGCACACAUUUCAGAAAAAAUUUCAAAGAUUAUGCUUCAAAAGAAACGAGAUUAUCAAACAAAAUUGUGUAUUUAAUUUUAUUCUCUGAUGUAAAUAUUUAAAACUCAAAUCCGUUUCAUUUUAAUAUGUACGUAGUACUACAUGUACAUUUUAUGGUGAGAAAUUUAUUACAUGUAUUCAAAUUAUUCAAUUAGACCGUUUCUUUUGGUAUAUAAGUCAUUAAUCUCUUUAAUUGGGAAAUCAAAUACAACACACAUCCUAUAUUCACCACAAUGAAGUACAUGUGAAUUUUAGGGAUUAAAAAUCUAGAAAACACUGGUUCUUUAAAAUCUUGUUUUUUGUACAUUUACUUUGACUAAAGACAUAUUUUAUUCCACAAGGAAUAAAAAAAGUAUAAGUUCCUGUUGCCGAAAAAAAUCUGAAUGGAGCUUAAAAUUAAAAUAAUUGUGGAA